CCAUCCGUCGACCACCUACACACUCGCACGCACACACACACACACACGCUCUUGUCAGUCGCCAUUUUCCUCGCGCGUACAUUGCUCGGACGUGCGUGCGACAUAUUUUUUUUGUACCAUAAACAAUAACAAACAAAAUGGCGUCGCCGGCAGAUUACAUGAAAACGGAAGACGAUGAGGACAAUGUGAAACUGGUGGAGCAUAUACCUGUGGAGAUGCCUUGUGAGAUAGUUGAGACUACCGUGGUGGAUCAGAACGGUCGCCAGAUAAUCAUGGCGCCGGUGCAAGGGCUGACGAAGAACGACAACAAUACUAUGAUGCUACAGGCAACGGCCCAUCACCACCAUCAGGAUAUUGAAGACGGUCCACUCACCUAUGUAUACGAGAGCGUAGUACCCCAAGAGCUGUAUGCAGAACCCGAAAGUCCUGGACCGUCCAGGUUCAAAAAAGAAAAUGCUGAAGACCAUUUUUUAAUGCAUACAGUUCCAUCACCACCUGAUCCAAUACCACUUGGUCGGCCAAGAAAAUGGGAACAAAAGCAAGUACAAAUCAGAACAUUAGAAGGAGAAUUUUCAGUAACUAUGUGGGCCUCUGGAACAGAUGAUGAUGUAAGUAAUCCUGAACCUGAACCAGACCCCGAUUAUGAAGAAUAUAUGACUGAGCAGACUAUUUCUGAAGAAAUACCCCAAAUUAAUCUUAGUGAUCCUAAACAACUUGCUGACUUUGCAAGGUAUUUAGAACCAGGUCAUAAGUCAAAAGUAAAAAAAUCCUUUGGUUCUGAAGUAAUAGACCGUACUAUUGCUUGUCCUAAUAAAAACUGCUCAAAAAUGUUUCGUGACAACUCAGCAAUGCGAAAACAUUUGCAUACUCAUGGACCACGUGUUCAUGUAUGUGCAGAAUGCGGUAAAGCGUUUGUUGAGAGCUCAAAACUAAAACGUCAUCAAUUAGUACAUACUGGAGAAAAGCCUUUCCAGUGUACAUUUGAAGGAUGUGGUAAACGAUUUUCAUUGGACUUCAAUCUUAGAACACAUGUGAGGAUACAUACAGGUGACCGACCAUAUGUAUGUCCAUUUGAUGCGUGCAAUAAAAAGUUUGCCCAAUCAACUAAUUUGAAAUCUCACAUCUUAACUCAUGCUAAAGCAAACAGGCAUAUGUCACGACCAAGACCUAGUUCAAACCGAUCAAUAAACCAGGUACAAGAUGAUCUAAACCAGCAGUAUGUUAAUGUUGAUAUACCUGAAGUUGAUCAUCAACAUUUUAUUGUUUAUGCCGAAUAAACAUAAAAUAAGCAUUUAAGACAGAGUAAUAUGUUGUUAUGAAUACAUAACAACAUGACUGAAAUCAAAACUUACUCUAAGCAAAUUUAGUUGCUGAAUUUUGUACAUAUCUACUUUUAGUAUAAGUAAACUUAGACUUACCACCUAAAUUACUUUUAUGUUAAAACAUCUUUGAGAUAAAUUAUUUGCUGUUUAAAAUUCUUUUUUUAUUUUGUAAAC